UUCGUGAUGGUUUGAAAUAUUGUUGCCCAAUGUUAAGUACAAAUACGUAUAGCAUAUAGUUAUAAUAAUGGCUCUGAAUAGAUUGUGCGCAGUAUUUCAGCAAGCAACAAUUAGCAGACAAUGUAAUGUUAUAGCAAGAUGUUAUUCAUCGUACUUUUCAAGAGAGCAAAGUAAUACUUUGCCUACCUAUUUACCCAAAGAUGCAAUACCUGUAAUAAACCCAAAGUUAAACAUCAAAUUUGUUUCAAGAACACUCAAUCUAGACUUUGGAAAUCUGGACAAUACUACUAAUAAAAACAUAAUUGAAAUACCAUUUAAGAAUAUACCAUCAUUGGAAGAUCCUUUGGUUCGACGUCCGGUUAAGCAUGAUCUGCCAUUGGUGGAUAAGUCUAUAGAUCUCCCUUCAGUAGAAAAUGUUUUUGAGAAGCUGGCUAUCCGUCUAAUAGUUAUUAGACGACAGAAAAUGAAGAAACACAAGAGGAAGAAGUUUCGCAAGAGAAUGAAGUUUGUAUUUGCAAAAUUAAGACAAAAGCGUAAUUUAAAGAAAGAAAGGCUCUUUCAGGCACAGUUAAUUGAAAAAAUUGAAGCAGCAAAAGCAUUUAAUGCAAAAGAAUAUGUUGCGGAGAAAUUAAAAUUUCUGAAUGCAGAACGGAUACCAAAAACAUAUAGGGGUGAAAUACUGCCGCCGGAAAUGAUCAAGAAAUUUUUAGAAGCAGAGAGACAGAAAAAGGAAAGAAAGAAAAACAAAUUUCGUUUAACACUCGAUUGAUUGUAUG